AACCUCCGCACCCAGAAGCGCCUCGCGGCCUCUGUCGCCGACUGCGGCAAGCGCAAGAUCUGGCUCGACCCCAACGAGGUCAACGAGAUCUCCAACGCCAACUCCCGCCAGACCAUCCGCAAGCUCAUUGCCGAUGGCCUCAUUAUCCGCAAGCCCGUCACCAUGCACUCGCGUGCCCGCGCCAGGGAGUUGACCGCUGCUCGCCGCAUUGGACGUCACCGUGGUUUCGGUAAGAGAAAGGGUACCGCUGAUGCGAGAAUGCCAACUCAGGUCAUGUGGAUGCGUCGUCUGCGUGUCCUCCGCCGCCUGCUCGUCAAGUACCGCGCCGCUGGCAAGAUCGACAAGCACCUCUACCACGAGCUCUACCACCUGAGCAAGGGUAACACCUUCAAGCACAAGCGUGCCCUUGUUGAGCACAUCCACAAGGCCAAGGCCGAGAAGCAGCGUGAGGAGAGACUGAAGGCAGAGAUGGACGCCAAGCGUGCGAAGACCAAGGCUGCCCGCGAGCGGAGACAGGAGCGUGUCCAGGCCAAGAGACAGGCCUUGGUCGGCGAGGACGAGCCAGCCGCUCAAUAG